UCGCGGCGCGUCCCCGGGUCACGUGGCGAAUGUAGCCAAAGCUGGCCGAAGUCGGAAACUUCCUGGGGAGCAGGAGGGCAAAGCAGGGGGGAAAAUACCCGGCGUGGGGAAAGCGCUUACGGAUCGGCCAUCUGAGUGCCGGGAAGGGAGACGCCGGGCGGCGUGCGGUCACGGCUCGCUGUGUUUGGCCUGCCGUGAAGCGGAGUGCCCGGGCUGCUGCUUCGCGGUCAGAAGUUACUUUGGUGCUUUAGCAGGCAACGUGGAGGAGGAUGUGGUUAGACUGACUGAUAGCUAGCUAGUCAGCUACCCGAAGCCAUCUGUUUCGCAAAUACCAGUAUAAACAUAACCGGUUUACGGGAUCCGGGAUGUAGGCAGGGGGAGGACAGCAUUCUGUCCCCUUUGUGGUGUUGCAGGGUGUCACCUGGACUGACACAGCGUGGGGAUAAUGAGGCUGCGCUGGUCGCGGAGGCUGGGCCUGCUGGCGAGGAUGGGCCUGCUGCUGUCCGCCGCGUGGCUGGCCUACACGCUCCUGACUCGCUCCGCCUCCCAGGCCCCGGGGGAGGAUGGUGGGAGGCGGAGCCUCCGGGAGCGCGAGGCCAACCCGGCCACGGGGCGGCCGAUGGAUCCGGCACGUCCCAUCUACAGCAAGGCCGACCCGGACCCGUCGGCGCCGGGCGAGUGGGGCAGGGCCACCCGGCUCACGCUGACCGACGACGAGAAGAAGCGGGAGGAGGACUCGCUGGAGCGUUACGCCAUCAACAUCUAUGUCAGCGACCGCAUUUCCCUCCACCGGCACAUCCAGGACAACAGGAUGUACGAAUGCCGAGCGAAGAAGUAUGACUACCAGCAUCUCCCCACCAUGUCUGUGAUCAUCGCCUUUUACAACGAGGCCUGGUCCACCCUGCUGAGGACCAUCCACAGCGUCCUGGAGACCACGCCUGCCGUCCUGCUGAAGGAGGUCAUCCUGGUCGAUGACUUCAGCGACCGAGCGUAUCUCAAGUCCCAGCUGGCCGAGUAUAUCAGCGACUUGGAGCGAGUGCGUCUCAUCCGGACCAACAAGCGAGAGGGUCUGGUGCGGGCCCGACUCAUCGGCGCCACCUACGCCACAGGGGACGUCCUCACCUUCCUGGAUUGUCAUUGUGAAUGUGUUCCUGGCUGGGUGGAGCCUCUGCUGGAAAGAAUCGGUGAAAACGAGAGCACUAUCGUGUGUCCUGUGAUCGACACCAUCGACUGGAACACGUUCGAGUUCUACAUGCAGACGGAAGAGCCCAUGAUAGGGGGCUUCGACUGGAGGCUCACUUUCCAGUGGCACGUCAUCCCCGAAGCGGAGCGGCACAGGCGCAAGUCCAAGACCGACCCCAUCAGGUCUCCCACUAUGGCGGGGGGCCUGUUUGCCGUGAGCAAGGCCUACUUCGAGUACCUGGGCACCUAUGACAUGGGCAUGGAUGUUUGGGGAGGGGAGAACCUGGAGCUGUCUUUCAGGGUGUGGCAGUGCGGCGGCGCCUUGGAGAUUCACCCAUGCUCGCACGUGGGUCACGUCUUCCCCAAGAAGGCGCCCUACGCACGGCCCAACUUCCUGCAGAACACGGUCCGUGCUGCUGAGGUGUGGAUGGAUUCCUACAAGAGGCAUUUCUACAACCGGAACCCUCCGGCCCGGAAGGCGAUGUACGGAGACAUCUCGGAGAGGAAUGUCUUGCGGGACAGACUGAAGUGCAAGAGCUUUGAUUGGUACCUGAAGAAUGUUUACCCGGACUUGCACGUCCCGGAGGACCGGCACGGCUGGCACGGAGCCGUACGCAGCGGCGGGAUCCACUCAGAGUGCCUGGAUUAUAAUGCCCCAGAGCACAACCCCACUGGAGCUCACCUCUCUCUGUUUGGUUGCCAUGGCCAAGGUGGCAACCAGUACUUUGAAUACACCUCGAGGAAAGAAAUUCGAUUUAAUUCAGUGACAGAGUUGUGCGCGGAGGUGGCUGAUGGUCAGAGCCAGAUUGGGAUGAAGCACUGCUCACAGGACGGUUCACUGGUGCCUUCGAAUGUCAUCUGGGAAUUCCGUGACGACGGAAGCAUCUACCACCCCCACUCCGAUUCCUGCAUCACCUCCUACCGCAACCCAGAGGGCCACACGGACGUGGAGAUGAGGAAAUGUAACCCAGGAGACACAAACCAGCAGUGGAAGUUUGAGUGACCAGGAGAGCUGAGGUCAAGGCCUACAUGCAAGGCCGCGUGGGGACAUCUGGAGACUGGGGGAACCCACAGAGGAAUAAGCCUCUGUAAAAGUGUCUCUAGGGUUCCCCUGACGAGAAACUACAGUGCCUCACAGAACAGAGUAAUGUCUACAACAGCAGCUCGUGGGACAACAAAUCAGACAUAGCCAAUCAGAUUACAGAGGAGGUGGGACCAAGACAUCUGAUUGGUUAGUCGUGCCUCUUGUUGCUUGGAUCCACCUCCUCUACAAUCUGAUUGGUUAUCUAUCUGAACCAAUCAUUUUUCCUUCAGCCCUCAGAACAUUUUUGUGUAAGUAAAACUCCCACGAGCACACCAAUAGUGCCAAGACAUUUUGUGUCAUUCUUAUUAGUUUUUUUUAAAUCAUAGUAAUUCUGUGUUUAUUUUUUUUACAAAAAAGCUGAUAACCCUAGAUAAGGGAGAAAGCCUAAGUACUUUACAUUCACAGAAAAACUUAUAAGUGGUGAAGAUUUCUUGAAAUCGGAAGGCUAAUCUUGUAUGUUGAUGUUAUUGCACUAGUUGUUCUGUGAACGUUUGGGUGCCUCUAGUGAAUUUUCACUUCAGGAAGGAAUUGCAUAAGACUUUUCAGGGACUGGUGAUGCUUUAAUUCUGUUGUGGUACGUGUGUCGUCUAAUGUUUUGUGCUUAAUGCUUCGAUUUAAAGGUCUUGAAAGGGGACUGAGGGAGAUUGUAUGUUUUACGGCUCCCGAUGGGAUUUGGGCGAUCAGAGAGGCCUCAUUGUGGAUUUUGUGGCCAGCGUGACACUGAUCAGAUAACAGUGUCUUGGGUCUCGUGGUUCUGACCGCGCACAGAACUACCAUAGUUCUUCCUGGAUAUGUUGCUUAUGGAGAGGGGGGGGAGCGCUUUUCUUAUUAGAUGUACUUCAAGAUAGGCAUGGAAUUAAAGCUGCCUUUGUGUUAUCUCAGAGCACUCAGAAGUACCGUAGGAAAGCAAAAUAUCAUAUAUGGGUGUGUCCAAACACACACUCGGCCUCUGCUCUCUGAAAGCCUCGUUCUGUCCCUCAAAAGACGACCUACACCUCCUAUAUAUUGUGCUUCUAUAAUGUUAUUACAAUGCCUUUUUGUUUCUGCUGUGUGUGUCGAAUACGCUUCGGCUGAGUAACGGUCCAGACACGGCCUCACCCUAAUAAAUCUGCUUAGUUUAAUCAGGUAAUCCCUUGUCGCUGCAAACCGGCCUCCCGGGACUGGUGCAGCAAGCAGGCCUGUGACGUCUGUAGACGGCUGAGCAUGUCCUGCACGCACUCAUGUCUUCUAUAAUGAUGGCAGCUUGUUCCUGGCUGCAGUGUUGCUUCCCUUAAAGGAGCUGAAUGAAAAAGCUUGAUCAGUCAUCACGCACCAGCGCUGUGGAAGAGCGGCACGCUAAUCCUCCCAGACGGUUUGUACUGCGCCUUUUCAAAUAUCAGCCUCAAAGAAAAUAGCUGAAAAACCAGUCUUGCAAAAACUAUUCAAAGCUGAUGACUUUAGUUCAUUCUGUGCCUUUUUCUGUGAAUCAUUCAAUGUAUAAAGGGAACAGAAUGGAACAAAAUAAAAUAUUGUCAUAUGUACUUAAACUACUGACAAAGCACCGACUUUUAAAACGAUUGCUUUGUAAACAUGCUACAUCAGGGCUUCGUAAUUAAAAUCUCUAAUGAAAGACUGUGCUCAUUUGUAUUUUUACUGUAUGCAUAUAAAGUACAAGGGGCAAAAUUGAAGACAGCUUGUACAAAAUGUUUGUAAUAUACUGACUGCAUUGCUGGGGGAAUUCAAAAAUAUUCCUCACCGUUUGAUUAUUUGAAGGGAAGUAUUAUUGUCCAAUGUAAAGAUGUGUGAAAAUUAUAUGUUCUUUCUUUCCUAAGUCACAAUCGUGAACAUUGUCUUUUUAGCUGAAGAUACAACAUCCAAUUCAUUCGUGCAAUUGUGAAGCACAACGAGACUGUUAUACUGCCAUCUGGUGGUAGCUAAUGGAUACUUUUGCACAUUUUGAAUUAAACUAAUAUUGAAAGAG